AUGUCUGUCCCGACAGCCCCACCAAUUCUAGAUUUCUCUCCUUUCUACGGAGGAGACAGCGAAGCAAAGUCAAAAUUGAUUGAUGAAGUGCGCAAGUGUUGCCACUAUAAUGGCUUCUUCCAGAUUACAGGCCACCGAGUGCCACUCGACUUACAGCGCCGGGUGAUGAACUGCUCGCGACGCUUCUUCGAUCUACCACUAGAGGAGAAGCUCAAGAUUGACAAGAACCACAACUCCUUCAACAGAGGGUACGAGCUCCUACGAUCGCAAAUGCUCGAAAUUGGAACCGGCCCCGAGCUCAAAGAAGGCCUAUACAUCGGCGAAGAAAUCCCCACCGACCACCCAUACUACCUGGCAAAGAAACUAAACAGCGGCCCCAACCAAUGGCCCUCCUCUGUGCCAGAGAAAGAAGAGUUCCAGGAAACCACAAUGCAAUACUACCACGCGGUAUUCUCGCUGGCGAAGGACGUGCUCGGCGUUCUCGCGCAAACCCUAGGAGUAGAGUCGACCUUCUUCGACCCCCUCACGGACGGCGCCGUCGCCACAAUGCGCUACCUGCAUUAUCCCGCGCAACCACAGGACACAGACGAGAAACUGAACCGUGGAAUUGGCGCCCACACGGACUUUGGAUGCAUCACGCUCCUGCUGCAGGACGAGGUAGACGGGCUGCAAGUCUUGGAUGCGCCAACUGGACAAUGGCUAGAUGUCAAACCCGUUCCGGGGGCGUAUGUGGUUAACUUAGGCAAUCUAUUCAUGCGCAUGGCAAACGACAAGUACAAAUCCAACACGCAUCGCGUGAUCAAUAAAUCCGGACGGGAGCGGUAUUCUAUUCCGUUCUUUUUCAGUGGGAAUCCGGACUAUAUCUGCGAAUGCUUGCCCAAUUGUCGGGAGGAUGGAGAGCUGGCGAAGUAUGGGCCGAUCACGGUGCAGGAUAUGGUUACGGCCUCUUACAAGGAAAGCUAUGGUCGGGCGGAGAAGUAUAAGAGGGAUUUGGAGGACAGGGAGCCGGAACCUUUGCCUGCUGUUGCUGCUGUUGGUGCUUAG